AUGGAUUUUUCUCGUCCGUCCCAUGGAAAUGCGCCAAAUCUUCACAGAUCUACACGCGGUCGGUUCAUUCCCUGCAGAUUCGACGUGGGAACUCGUUCUGGGGAGAGCGCCCCGCCCCCGAGUGCCAGCCGAGGGCCCAAACAGGGCACCCCACGGUGCGCCGCGGGCACGGGCGGCGGACCUGAACCGCUUCGGGAAGUCGCCGAGGUCGAUGCAGAGCUACUGCACAUUCAGCGUCGGGGGCACCCUCGCCGUGAACGCCCACGGCAUCACCACGGACCACUGCUUCGCGGAGAGUGCGUCACCAGCUUUCGCCUGGCCAGGCUCGCCCGCGCUGGCGCCGACGCCGGCGGCAGCGGCGGGUGGCCCUCUGCCGUGCGGCCAGAGGUCGUCGCGUGCACCAGGCCUCGGGGCAGCGGCGCUCGGGGCGACUCCGAGGAGCUCUUCCAGCUUGCCCUGGGCGGCUACGGCUGCUUCGGCGUGAUCACUGAGGUGACGAUGCGGGUGCGCGACAACGUCGCCUUGCAGAUGGACUCUUUCAGCGUGGCGCUCCCGGGCGGCGAGGAAAGAGCCUCCGGCGGCGUGAUCCGGUCGGAGGACUUCGAGCAGAUCUAUGGCAGCGUGGUGGCCGCGAGCGCACCGGCACUGAACGGAGGGCAGCGCGAGGAGGCAGCGGGUGAUGUCGGAAUCUCCCGCCAGACAACGCCGUGGACCGCGUGGAGAUCAAGCUGGCUCGGCUGA